AUGCUUUGUUUCAACUUCCAACCUAGCCGACGACGAAGAAGGUUUAAAUCGAAGGCCACACGUUCCCUCUGCCUCGCUCUACUCUGUUCCAGCCUAGCUUACGAGGAAGAAGAUGAAAUCGACAAAGAAGGGGCAGAGGUGAUGGCGGCGACCGGGAAGGCUGUGGCGGGAAUAAGUAGCGCAGCCGUCGACGAGAGGGGUGGGCAGACACGCCGGCGAGAGAGGUAG